AUGUCGCAGGCCGGCAAGGUGCAGUGCCGAUUCGGCUCCGCAUGCGCUCGUCUCGACUGUUGGUUCGAACAUCCUUUGGGCCAUUCGCCGGAAGGGGUCGAGCCGAUACCUUGCCGGUUUGGUGUUAAGUGCCACAGACCGGACUGCCGAUUCUCGCACCCUGUGGAACAUGACCCGUCUGAAGUUCUGCCACCUGACUGUCACUUUGGAGCUGCCUGCUACCGUGUCGGAUGCCCAUUCAAGCAUCCUGCUGUGCAAACCGUUACCAGAGAUGCUGCCUCAGAGAAACGCAUUUGCGUGUGGUUCCAGAAGGGCCACUGCAAAAAUGGCUCCCAGUGUAUCUUCCAGCAUGUACAGCAAGAGCGUGAUGCAAAUGUCCUGGUGGUCCGGAAUCUUCCAAAGUCGGGGGACCCCUUGUUGCUGGAGAACGAGAUCUUGGCCUACUUCAAGUCCUUCGGGUAUGUCUCGCGCAUUCAGGUCAAGACCGACCUAGACAAUCGUUGCCGCGGCUUCGCCUUCGUGAUAUUUGCUGAUGCAUGCUGUGCAGCUGAUGCCUUGGCUAGCAACCACCCGCACUGGGAUAUACGGCUUAAGACGGAGUUGCCAAUGUACAUAGAAGGUACAAUGAAGACGAGCCCUAAAGCUGCUCUUCCGGAGCGUGUGCGGGGGCAAGCUCGCUUGCCUUUCACUGCCCGCGAUCGGGUUCUGCUUGUUGGCGAGGGCGAUUUCAGCUUCGCUGCUACGGCCGUGAAGUUGGGGCUCCUUGGCACUGCGCACUGCUGCGCAUGUUCGAAGGAACCUCCGCGGGAUGCGAAACAUCUACUGCAACUGGCCAAGGAUGGCAUGCGGUGUCUCACUGAUAUUGAUGCCACGCGGCUGGCGGAAGCAUCCCUCACGGGAGCUUUCGAUGUGGUGGUCUUCAAUUUCCCACACACUGGCGAGCCCAAUGUCGAGGCAAAUCAGACCCUCCUGAAAGGUUUCCUGGGAAGUGCCACGACAAGUCUCCGAGGAAACGGCCGCAUUGCAGUCACGCUGAAGCAGACGUGGCCUUACACAGAGUGGGAUUUGGAGGCUUGUGGAGCUUCGGUUGGGCUGAAGGUGGUGGAUGCUUAUCCUUUCCCAGCACAACUCCUGAUCGAACGACGCGACGACGGACAACAUCCCUCACAAAGUGGAACACUUGCGCUCGGCGAAGACGGUGGAAUUUGUGCGCGUGUGAGCGAGACACUGGCAAUUAGGAAUUCGUGA